GUUUGGUUGUUGAAGGUCGUGACGGCAUUCAGUGGGGACGCCACACGUGGAGACGAUGCAGGCGGUAGAUACGGAGCAGGUACGCAAGGCUAUUAAUGCAUUAAAGGAAUAUGUGAAGAAAAACAGAAGUGACACAAAGCUAUUUCUGAAUGAAGAUGAGACUAUACAGCUAAAUGUCACAGUUUGGAAGAUUCCAAAGCGGGAGCAAACAAUAAAAAUAAUUUUGCCUCAUAAAAUUCGAUCGGAAACAAAGGAAAUUUGCCUCUUCACCAAAGAUGAACCAAACAUGAAUGCUGAUCAGACUCAAAAAUUCUAUAGAAAACUUCUUGAUAAGCAUGGAUUUAAGAAUGUUACACAGAUCAUUCCAUAUAAGAUUCUGAAGACUGAGUACAAAUCAUUUGAAGCAAAGCGUCGCUUACUGAGCAGAUUUGAUCUGUUCCUGGCUGAUGAUCGAAUCAGACGACUUUUACCUUCUCAUGUGGGGAAACAUUUUUACAAGUCUAAGAAAGUACCUCUGUCAGUAAAACUGUCUUCAAAGAAUUUUGCAAAGGAACUGAAUAAGAAAAUCCAGGGUACAAUCCUUCCAAUCAACAACAAGGGCAGCUGUUAUGCUUCUCAGGUAGCUCACACUGGGAUGAAGCUGGAGGAAAUAGUGGAAAAUGUAACUGCUGCUGUCCAGACUAUCGAAGCAAAGUUGCCCCAGCAAUGGAAAAAUGUGAAAGUUCUUCACCUGAAAACCUCCAAUUCUCCUGCACUUCCUAUAUAUACAUCAAAUAUGUAUAACCUUAAGGAACUUCAGAAGAAGAAUCCCAAGAAGCAAAACAAAACAAGUAAACAGAAGAAAACAACAAAAGCUGGGAAUGUUGAAGUUCCAACUGACCUAGCAUCAUCUGAGGUUACCAGUGCCCUUGAAGCAGUGGACGAAACUGCAGAAAGCACAAAGCCUUCUGUUGCUCAGAAACAUAGCGCGGAUGAAGAAAUACCGCAGCUGGUUCCUAUUGAAGAGCAAACACCUGCAAAGAAAACAAAAUUGCAAAAAUUGCAAGGACAAAGCCACAGCACACCGAAAGCAGUUGAUGAAAAUGAGACCCCAGUUGGUAAGAAAUCAACGCAAAUGAAGGGCAAAAAAACGCAGAAAACACCUAACAAAAAUCCAGAGAGUCUACAAUUGCAUACUCCGGGGAAAAAAGAGAAAGGCCUUGAGACACCAAAACGAGAAGUGAAGAAAAAAGAUUCCUCUUUGGAGAAAAGUAUUCAUAAGAAAAUCGCUAAAAAGCAUGAGAGGAAGUCGGUAGGAAUCCCAAAAACAAUGAACACACCCAGACAGAAACAAAAGCAAAAGAUUCCACAGUCUGUAUGAAUAUUACCUAUGUAUUUUUGAGUAGGGGAAUUCGUUUUUAUUCAAAAACUGUCAAUAAAUUCUUUACUACAAGUGGGGGGCGGGGGGGAACAUUGUUUAUUAUAAUUGUAUAAAUGCACAAGUUUAAUAAUGUAAAUGAAAUCUUUCAUUGAUCACUUUGGUAACUGUAUAAAAACAUCUCUAGUCAUCUGUGCAUCUUUCAUGGGAAUAAAGAAUUCAAAGUUUUACAGUAAAUUGAAAGGGCACAUGGUCAUUACAGUAAUCAGAAAUAUAAUUUGAGGUUUAUAGUACGUUUUAAUUUCUCUACCAUAUGUAUAACUGGUUAUCCCUCUCCUCAUCACACCAUAUUUUCUCUGCCAUUUUCACGGCUGCGGCGAGGCGUGAGUGGGAGUUUGCGUUGAGUGUCAGUUGGGAGGCUGCAGAGGUAUGGAGAGGAAGCAGAUUAUUAGUCAGAAAAUGAAGUUGCUGGAUACUUGAACCUGUUAUAAUUACUGUCCUUGCAGCAGCUGGAUUCUGGACUAUUUACGUACUUGCAUAUAGAAACAAAAAGAUAUGUAGACUUGAUUUACUAGAAAGGAAACAGAAAUACAAUUUACGCCCUCCUUUUUUAAGUAUUGCAGGUGAUACCCCUCCUGAAAGCCAAGUAAUGAAUAUGACAGCGUUUCUAGUGACUGCUGUUGCUGUCCUCCGUUAUUCACAGCUUAAAGCAAAAGUGAUGAAACCAUGGCUCAAUAUCUUUGGGCUGAUAACACUUUCUCUAUCAUCUUUUGGAAUGACAAUAGUAGCGAAUUUUCAGGUGUCUAAUGAUAGAAUAGUACAUAACGUUGGUGCAGUCAUCGCCAUUGGCUUUGGAACAGCAGCCUGUUGGAUUCAAGCAGUUCUGACUUUCCAAGGGGAUA